GGAAAUCUGAUAUGCGCAUGCGUUGUCCAGUGUCACAACGUAGUUGUUGUAGUAACAAGGAAGAUUAGCGGCGAUGCUCAAUUCUCUCUGCGCUCUCUCUGCGCAACUAAGCUUGUUAGCUUUUUCAGCCGCCCUGAAAUAAAGGAGGGAGCUACAAUGGCACUAACCUGAUUGCAGGAGGAUAUCAGCUGUCUCUCCCUCUCUGGAAAUGCCCGCCGUUGUCCCGGAUAAAGAGGAGUCCGAUUCCUCCUCUGAGGACGAACAUGAAGACCAACCCUGCAUUGCCUGGAGUGGCCUCAGCAGGACAAUCCCAAUCUUCAUCUUUUUCCCUGAAGCCAUUGUUUCAAAGGGUGGAUCUAUCUUUGCUCGUGGAGAGCGAUACAACAUGGCCUUCAAGAUCGUGCGAACAGAGAGUCGCCUGGUGCGGGGGAUCCUGACCAAUCAUGGUUUCCAUGAGGUUCACUCAAAUAGCAACGACUUCAACCUCAUGUGGGCUGGAUCCCACCUGAAACCUUACCUACUGCAAAACCUUCAAGAUUUCCAAAAGGUCAACCACUUUCCUAGAUCGUAUGAACUGACCCGCAAAGAUCGGCUUUAUAAAAACAUCCAACGAAUGCAGGAGUCCCAUGGCUUCAAAAACUUCCACAUAGUUCCACAGACCUUUGUGCUCCCGUUGGAAUACCAGCAAUUCUGCAGUAGUUAUGCCCAGGACAAGGGCCCGUGGAUUAUUAAACCAGUUGCAUCUUCAAGAGGACGAGGCAUCUACUUAGUCAGCAAUCCAAAUCAGAUUUCAAUGGAUGAGAACAUUUUAGUCUCCCGCUAUAUUCAUAGCCCUCUACUGAUCGAUGAGUUCAAGUUUGACGUGCGCUUGUAUGUGUUGGUCACAUCAUAUGAUCCACUCCUCAUCUAUGUAUAUGAGGAAGGCCUCGCAAGAUUCGCCACUGUCAAGUAUGACAGGACUCCAAAAAAUAUUAAGAACACCUUCAUGCAUCUCACCAACUACAGUGUGAACAAAAAGAGCAGCGAUUACGUCAGUUGUGAUGACCCAGAGGUUGAGGACUAUGGAAACAAGUGGAGUAUGAGUGCAGUUUUGCGCUACUUGAGGGAGGAGGGAAAGAACACCAUAUUGUUAAUGAGACAGGUAGAGGAUGUGAUCAUCAAAGCUGUGCUCAGCGCUCAGACACAGAUCGCCGCGGCCUGCAAGACAUUCGUUCCCCACCCGACCAACUGCUUUGAACUUUACGGAUUUGAUGUGCUCAUCGACGCCAACCUGAAACCGUGGUUGUUGGAGGUGAACCUUUCUCCAUCCUUGGCUUGUGAUGCCCCCUUGGAUUUGAAGAUAAAGGCCAGCAUGAUUGCAGACAUGCUCUCGCUUGUGGGCUUGGUGUGUCAGGACCCCCUGAUGAGGAAGCCUCGCUCGCAGCGAGUCGUCCUGGACCCCGGCCUUAAGCAGCCUGCCCAAAGAACACAGUGGCAGAGGUCCCCAGCAGCCACUAACAGUGAAACAGUGCAGUGUAAAAACAAGCCAGAAGAAGACGACGUUCUGAGCUUGACUGCUGAGCAGAUCAAAGUCCUGAGGAGGACAAGGGAGGAAUAUGAGAGGAGAGGAGGUUUCAUUCGAAUAUUCCCCACUGAAGACACAUGGGAGCUCUAUGGUGGAUAUCUGGAGUCUAAGACAUCAUUGAACUCAAUGUUGGCAAACAGACUUUUCCAUGGAAGGAAUGCAUGCGGGAAUGCGCAGCUGCAGAUGGACACACUUGAUGGCUACCACGCCGUCCAGUAUGAGAGGAAGCUGCCGUCUCUGGAGGCUCGUAAGAAGAGACGGCACCACCUGAGUCAUCGCUCUGCUGCUGGAAAGAAAAAAUGGGGGAAGGAAUCCAAGGCCUCCCUGAUGGAGAGCAGUAGCCUGGUGGGAGAGGACUGCUUAGGGGAGAAAAGAGAGGAGACGAAACAUAUUCUCAAGCCAGUCUCACACAGGGUUUUGGUAGCAGAGCAAAGAAAACAAGUGGCUUCACCGGCGCAGAGCUCUCACGGCGACACUCUAUCCAGCUCGCAGGCAGCAGCACGCAACAGCAGGCCCCGUGUCAACCUGCUUCACUUCCUCCAGCAGGGGUGGGACAUCAGUAAAGUGCAGGCCCGGAUGACCUUUUCCUGUUACCUACAGCGGGUUCAACAGAGACUUUUGGCAGAGAGCAGGGUCAAAGGCAUUCCAUCUUGGGCAGACAAGGACAAUGACCAAAUGGAGCUUGUAGUUCGCUUCCUGCGAAGGGCUGCCAGUAACCUCCAGCAAGACGUUAAUGUGGUUUUGCCCAGUCACCAGCUACCAGUCCAAGACCGCAGACGCAUCCUGUCCCGCCAACUCGGAGAGUUUAUCCAGUCUUACGAAAAGGAAACUGCGCAUCUAGUGAAAAAACAGCAGAACGGUACAGAGGAGAAGUGUGUUGCCGCCAGUGUGUUUCAUGACUACAUCACUACUGCGAGUGAAACUGAUCUGGAGGAAGUACUGACGUUCUACACACAGAAAAAUAAAUCAGCCACCGUCUUCCUCGGUACAAAAGUCAGGCAUGUUAAAAAAGCCUAUCAUGAAAAACAUGCCUCCAAAGAGCCAGCUCAGACUGUGUCCAAAGAGGAUUCCAGCUUGUCAGAAUCAACGCCCUCCACGGGAAAAGUCAGCAGUGACACAGACAACAAAGCCACCGAAAGUCAACCCGCGGUUUGUUUGUCUGAAGGCCAGCUGACCGGAUUUGGACAUGCAAAAAUCCAUCCACAAGUCCAUUCUUCCCAACGCUGCUCGGGCGUUCCCGCAACUUCAGACUUCCCCCAUAUUAAUCAACAGAGCUACUCCAUCAGCCCUUCGUCUUUGCCUCGUCAUCGUCCUCUGCCACUUCCCCCGCAACCUCCAUCCUAUGCUCAAUCAUUGGCAAAGUCUCAAUUCCGCCAGACUAAGACACCGAGUCCUGUUUAUACCCCUCAUCCAACCCAGCUUCUCUGGAGGAUCCCAUCUUCCACUGCGCUCUCGUCAAGUUCCGGAGCAGCUUCUUCCAUCAACAGCACCCUUCACGUAUAUAGCCAGAAGCUCUCUCGACCAACAUCUGCAGACCAAGUGUCCAAAAUGUACAGCUCCAGUAAGCUGAAGUCAAACUUUGAGGGAGGCUUCGGGGAGUUGAACCCUCUUACUGUCCAGGCCCAGUCCAACCAGCAGGCCUUCAUCUCAGCCCUCCAGAAGCUGGCAGACAAGCAGGUUGCUCGCAACACUGCUGGCUCCAGUCACAUCAACCUCCUGACACGACAUCUGACCAGGCUAAACCUGGCGAGCCGGAUGUUAAAUGGAGAGAGUCCAAAGAUGCUGACCCCAUCUGCCGCAGGGCUGGACCACCCCUCAACUGAUCCUCUUAGAAACAGGACCCAUCAGGGGCGGAUGAAUGAUGGUGACGUUUCCGGUGGCAGACAGAGUAACAGCGACGUCAGCACUGUUACGGUGUCUAGUCCUGAGGGGAGCUGCUAUCGUGUGAGUGGAAACCAUCAGCAUCAGUUUGCUGGCCAGCAAACGCAACCGCAAAGAAUUCAGCCGUGGCAAUUGUUGGACCAGAGCCAUUGCGGAUACCAGGAUCAACAUUCAGACGAAACAAACGCUCCAUAUGCGGAGGUUCCAACAAAAUCUUCCAGCUCUACUGGACCACCCCAUCACAGUCACAUCAGGACCCGUGAUAGUUCCGUUCUCUCCCCAAAGCCACCCAGCGAGGCCAGAGAGGGCACGAUCAGGAAACCAGCAGCAGCACGCCUCGGCAAGCAGACGUCCACUCAGAUGACAGGCUGUGGAAGCGUGACCAGCGGGCAGCAUUUGGUCUACGAGGCCAUCUGUGCUGAGACAGGGCUUUCUGUGUACCGCAAGCUGCUGCAGGUCCAGGAGCCCAGAUGACACCAGGGUGACCAGAGGCACGUACUGCCCCUCUGCUGGCCUGACAGGUGUCUCUGUAUGUAACGCACGCACGCACGCCCUGGCAUACUGGUAUAUUCUGGGAAAGUACAACAGCGGAAAAUGUGCCAGGCUCCGAUGAAUUUGUCUCUUCUACUGCCGCAGACAUGGCGAAUCGCGUGCCAGGCACGGAAUUCCCAGCUUUGACGCAGGCUGGGAUUUGGUCGUGCGGCCUAAUAUCAGAUGGCCUUUUCCAGCCUGCGCUCGCUCUCCGUGCCAGCAGUUUCUCGCCUUCAUUCUCUCCGUCAUUGCCGAUGCUACGGAAAGAUUUCACAGGCGGAUAGCUUUCAACAGAUGCCCCACUGGCAUUUAGUAUGCAAGCCAUUGACAUGAACCCUCCCUUGCCGCCACCACCGCCGUCAACAAGAGACAUCCCGUGAAUGGUAAGCACGCAGACAAGUUCCUGGCAUGAGACACUGACUUCCAGUCCAGGAUGAAAACAAACAGUUACCAAAUCCUCACUGGCCAAAGGAUGAGUUUAAUUAUAGCAACCUUUGCUGAAACUGACAUGUGGAUGUUUUUAUCCAGGGAGCUACUUUAAUACAGUAAUUUAUUGCUGUUAUUACAUUGGAAGUAGGCCUUGUUGGGCCAUUGCUGCAGCACAAAAGAAGAAACUUGAUGAAGUUAAUGGUGCACGUGUUGACCAGCAUCCUGGUGGAGAUAUCGAGAAGUCACUCAGGGGUGCGUUGUGAAUAAAACUAUUCUGUUGUGUAGCUUUACAUUCAUCUUAUUUGUUUUGUGAUAACGUGGAAGUAAAAGACUUGAACGUCGCACACGUCAACCAACAAUCUCAUAUGUUGUUGGUUGACGUGUUUUGUUUGCACAGAUUGUAGUCAUCCAUUUCGGGGCGAUCUUGUAACUUUUGCAGUGCAUUAUUGUCAUGUGAAAUGUCAUGAUGUGUUUGUUUUUUACACCAGCGGCAUGCUUUAUUAUAAGAAUCCAAAUCCAAUGUAUAUGUUCUACUGCGCUAAUCUAGUUUAGUUUACAGACAAUCUGUUCAAUUCCUGACUGUUUACAACACUCGUGCAUGGAAACACUAGCUGUUAUUUUCGGUAUUGUUACUACUGGUCAGAGUAAAAGGGAGACAGUGACAUGCAGGUACAAUAAAUGCACACUCAGCAUUACAGCAAAUAAAGUGAUCUGAUGAUUGUU